UUGUAAACUGAAACGAAAACCUAAUAUUAGAUAGAUCAGGCAUGUAUAAAUACACAUAAAACAUAUUGAAGUAAACUUGUAACAACUACACUUUUUAGUAGCCAUGGCUCAAAAUAGUAUUCUGUUCACCUCCAUCUCUUUGCUUAUUUUCUCUAUCUUUUCUCAUUGUCAAGCCCUAACUUCCUUGGAAGAUCUUUGUGAUGUCACUCCUCAUCCGACAGUCUGUAGAUCCGUUCUACCCGUCGGGUCACCCGGCUCAGUUUCAGGAUUUGCCAAUAUUGUCAUCCUAAAGUCUCUAGAAGCUUCAAAACACCUUCUCGCCUCAUUGGACCCGCAUCAUCCCGCAUCAGGACCCCUUGAUGAUUGCCAAUUACUAGCUGGUCUGACCGUUGACCAGCUCACACGUGUGAACGUCAUCAAGGACACCGUUGUUGGGACCUCCGAGGUCAACGAUCUCCUCACGUUGCUUAGCGCCUCUCUUACCAACUACGAGACAUGCCUAGGCUCGUUUCAUGAUGUCACCGGAGAGUCGUCCGAGAAUUUUGUUAAGGACCACCAAGACAUCCUCACACCUGUCGCGGACGGAAUAAAGCUGAUUAGUGUUUCUCUUGCCUUGUCCAAGGAGGCUUGGCCGAUAGCAUCUGAUGCUUCAGGGAGAAAGCCACCACCGAGGAUUCUUACGGAGGAGAAAAAGUCUUCUUCUCCCGACGUUUCGUAUGCGAAGGUGACGAAACGUGAGAGAAUGAUCUACGAGAGAGUCAAGGUUUUGGGACGAAAGCUUCUUCAGGUUUCUUUUCUAUCAACCGAUCGUAUAGACUUUGCAAUUUUCUCAGAUCAUCUAACAUAUAAUAGGGAUUGUAGAAAAUAA